AUGCAAUCAUACGCGAAGCAACAAUAUGGCGAACGAACCUAUACCUCUCUCCAGUCAAUCCUAGAGGACCCGGCACCGCUCCUGAUAAAUUCCGGUCUCCAGGUCAAGCAAUCCCGACCGGUUGGUGGAGACCUAGACAUUUUGUCCGCCUCCUAUUACCCCCACGGCCCCAUGCAGACCUCAGAGGGACGAGACCGCAACCCUCGAAAGAGAAAGGCGGUCUCAUCCGAUCCAUUUUACGGAGGUCUCGUCUUUACUGCCGGCACAGUGGGCGAUAGCAAUCAUUCAUCCUCGGCCGAACAGGAACAACCACCCACUCCGCGGAAAAGGAAAACGACCAAACAGGCAUCCGUAAAUGACGUGGAUGAACCAGGAGAAGGCAAGAAGCAAAGAGGCCGACCUAGAGUCGACACUCAGGAUGAGACCGCUGCCGACCGUCGUCGCACUCAGAUUCGUCUGGCGCAAAGAGCGUAUCGUCAUCGAAAGGAAACCACUAUUUCGGCCUUGAAGCAAAAAGUGACCAAUCUGCAAAACACCAUUGAACAAAUGAAUCGGACGUUCAUCACCUUGCACGAUAACAUGGUCGAUGCUGGCAUCCUGACGUCCCACCAUGCACUCGGUCGCCAACUCCAAGCCGCGACCGAAGAAUUCGUAGCUUUGUCCAAAGCCGUAUCACCAGACUCAGACGACGAGGAAGACAAGAUGGCAAAGAUGGCCCGAGGCGAGUCCGAACAUUUGUCGGAAUCAGGUGAAACAGGACGUAGUGGGAGCGUCCAAGACGCAUCAAAACCCUCGUCUCGACCGGCCCAAAGGGCCAAUGUAGGUCGUGGGACCACCUUUGACCAGAGCUCUACCGACGCAGAAGCAGAUGUGGAGGAAGUCCCCUUGAUGACGUACCAUGACGCGGACGAUCCCAGCAACGCUCUCCUCGCCCUCUCACAAUCGGUCUCCGGGCUCGACACCUCGAACCUUCAUGGUCUCAACGACGCCCUGUCCUUCAACACCAUGAUUCCCGAGACAUUUCCUUUCGAUGACCCAAGCGCGAAUUUGAGCAUCGAGCGACCCUUGAAACCCGCCAGCUCACCCACAGGCUCCUACACCUAUAGCUUCCAGGAAACGACAUUCGCGCGACGCCUGCAUCGGAUGUGCCUGGAACGCGCAUUCCGGAACCUGACCAACCCCAACAUCGACCCGGAGUACAUCAAGCGCGCCUUCCGUUUCACCUUCUGCUUCUCGAACCGCAAGCGCAUGCUCCAGCGAUUCCAGGAGAUGUUAAAACGGCGCGCCGGUGAGAGUCUGGAGAACUGGAAUGUACCCUUCUUCCACAUCGGCGGCGCAGGCACACAUUUCCCCCGCCGCGAUGACGACGGAAACCCCAUCUAUCCGCCCAACAUGGUCAGUCCGGCGAAGGCGUUCGGUCCACAGCCGUGGAUCGAAGUCGAGACGCCGCGCAUGGAGAAGUCGACGCAGGAAAUGCUCGACAACAUCGGCUUUGGGGGCGUGUGGUACGACUCGCACGACGUCGAGGAAUACUUGAAGACGAAGGGCAUUUACCUGGACGGCCAGAGCAGCUUCGUCGAAGUCGACCCGAGCGUCGUCUCCCUGUUACGGGCCAGUCGUACUUCCUCCACGGGACCUAGUGACGACAGCCCGCACGAGCCUGGCAUCCGCACCCCGUCACCUUUGCUGGGCUUGCCCGAUCCGAUCGCCGACCCUUUCAUCGCCCGCGAACUAGGCGAGAUGUUCGCGCAGCCAUUCCUCGGCGCAGCCGUUAGCACCACGCCCGACCAACAACAGCAACAGCAGUUUGGCGCCAACAAAUCCGACAACGACGCCUGGCUCGACUUCCAGGAUAAUUUGAACACACCUUCGUUCUCGGAUUUGCUGUCCCGCCGUCAAGCUCCCAUGACAUUCGAUGUCGAGAUGUUCCUCGAGCGCAUGAUUGAGAGUAGUGCCUGUCUAGGUCGUGCGCCUGGGUUCAGAAAGGAGGCGAUCGAUAAUGCGCUCGCAUUGAGUUUGCAGGAGUGUUUUUAA